GCUUCACACUUUUAUUGUGUGUAAAUAAAGUCGUCAGGCUUCAUUAAAACACAUAUUUCAGGUUGUUUAGCACGUUAUUUACAUAAUUGCCAUUUGAAGAGCAUUUGUUGAUAAUUCAAAGAUUCUGCGUGGCGCAAAUAACCCUGGCACCUCUGUAAACAGAAGAAUUUGAUUGAUCGUUGGACGUUUUCGCGUAAUUAUAACUACUUUAAGUUUAGAAAUAAGUGUUUUAGUUCGUCACGUUUCUUAUACGCUGUGGACUAACAACUUAUCUUUGCACUUUCCAGGAAGGUACCUAGAUGGAUCUAUAAAAAACACAUAAUGGUAAUGAAAUUUAUCACACACUUUCUUGCUCAAAUCGGACCGCAGUCUGAGUAUACUUGGACUCGUCUAAUUUACAGUGCACUUAAGGCUCCUACAUAUCAUUUGUAUUUUGAAUUGCUACUAAUUAUUGGUAUCAUAUGGUUGUUGUUUAAACGCAGUUAUCGUAUUAAUGAUGUAAUCAAUCUAAGUGUGGAGGAGAAAAAUCAACUGAUCAAUGAAUGGAAACCCGAUAGUUUGGUUCCGAAAGAUUGGGAACCAUCAAAAUAUCUAUUAAAACAAUUCCAUAGAUGUGCGAAUGGUCCUCUUGGCAAAUAUGUCAAUUUCAAUUUAGAAGUGGAAGAGUUUGGAGCUACUGAAAACAAUGUUAGUAAGAAUCAUCUUAAUUUCGCAACAUUAAAUUUCUUAAACUUUGUUGGGGAUUCGGAUUUGUCUAAUGUCGCUACUGAGCAGCUGAAAAAAUAUGGUGUUGGAUCAUGUGGACCAAGAGGAUUCUAUGGUACUUUUGAUGUUCAUCUUGAAUUGGAAAAUAAGUUGGCUGAAUUCCUCGGUGUUGAAAAAGCAGUAAUUUAUUCUUAUGGAGCAGCUACAUUUUCUAGUGCUAUCCCAUCCUAUUCCAAACGAACUGAUGUAAUAUUUGCGGAUGAAGGUAUCAACCAUGCUACGUAUCUAGGCUUAGUGGCAUCUAGAAGUCAUGUUCGAUUUUUCCGUCAUAAUGAUAUGGAACAUUUGGAACAAUUACUGAUAGCACAGGCAAAAAGAGAUAAAGAAGAUCCUAAGCGUGCAUUACUAACUCGCCGAUUUUUUGUUGUUGAAGGUAUUUAUUUCAAUUCUGGAGAAAUUUGUCCCUUAUCUGAGCUUAUUGCUUUAAAAUAUAAAUACAAAGUUCGCAUUUUGUUAGAUGAGACCAUUUCUUUUGGAGUAUUAGGUAAGACUGGUAGGGGUGUAACGGAAUAUUUUGGUGUUAAUAUAGAAGACAUUGACUUAAUCUCAGGUAAGCUUGUGUUUUUAAUUCUCAUUUCUUCGGUUGUACCGCUUUUUUCAUUGAUCGUUUUAUCUGCGAUUACAUACUUAUUUAGUUAAUGCACAAUAAUAAUGUUCUGAUUGGCUGGAGAUUGUUGAUUUAGUAAAGCAAAGGUCAAGGUUUUUACCUCCUACACUAAAUUACUUAACUACUCGAUUAUAUUGCAUGCAUUGAUUGAUAAAUAUCAGCCGUGAACCACGACUGUUGUGGCGUGAUUACCUGACAGUUUAUCAUGGUGAUUUAGCAACCGUAAAAUAGUUUGAUCCAGAUAAUUUUUACUACUAGAUUUUUGAAGUGUAUGAGAAUAGUGAUUACAGGUGGAUGGAAAGUCUAAUCAUGAUUCAGUUUGAUAUGUGUUAUGAAUAAUUGAGUUAGAACUCUACCACUUCAACAAAAUUCAUUCUCGUAACUCUACUAAAUGCUGUGCCAAAUUUAUUUCAGAUAGUCUUUAUGUAUUAGGUUUUCUUAAAAAUUUGAUUUUCAUUCAUGCAAAUUUGUCAUAUUUGGAUUAAUCUAAAUAUAUUGUUUCGAUAUUUUAUUAUUACCAUCACUGAAGUGGUGGCUUGGUUUUCAACCAGUUAUUUGCAUGUUCUAGCGCGCUUCUGUUCGUUUCUCGAAACCGUUCGAAAUUUAACAUUUUAAACUAAAUAAAUAAACUACUUAAAGAUUAACCAACUUAUCCGUGUGUAUAAUGGGGAUUAGUAAAUAGAAGUAUCAGCUUACAAGAUUAAAAGUCGUUAGAACUAAUUAAUCAGGUUGUAUUAGUCAACUGGAUAAGUGAACUUGAAACUGAUACUAUGAAGCAGGCGAACCAAUUUAUAACGAUUCAUCAAGUGCAUUAUUACAAAUAUUUGGUGACUAGUACAGAAUUUACGAAGGUUGAAUUUUUCAAGGACUUGGAUUAUAUUAGUAAUAAUCAACGAGACUUCUGUGUUAUUAUUGUUAACCAUUAAUAUUAUGACCGUCAGCUUAGAGUUGAGGAUGUAUGUAAGUUAUCUUGCUACAAUUAUGCGACUUCUCACUCCAUAGUUUCCACACUACACCUAAGGAGUUGUUUUGUUUACCUAAUAGGUUCGUUGGAAACUGCUUUAGGGGUAUGUGGAGGAUUUUGUGCUGGAUCGCAGUAUGUUGUUGGUCAUCAAGAACUCUCUGGACAAGCAUAUUGUUUUUCAGCUUCUCUACCACCAAUGUUAGCUAAAGCUGCAUGUACAGCAAUUUCUAAACUGCAAUCGCCUAAGGAAAAUGGUAAACGUAAUCAACGGUUAUUGGAAUUAUCCAGAUUAACUGACAAUUUGUUUCAUUCGAACAGCAAGUUAACCAGUAUUUGGAAACUAUAUGGUCAUCCGGAUAGUCCGUUAAAACACUUAAGAUUCAGAGAAAAUAAUACUUUAGGUAAACUUGAGGCUGUUGUCCAAACUGCUUUUGAUUGGACUGAUGAGCGAAAUUUGAAAGCACCUCCUUUAUUGUUGACAGUAUCAAGGUUAGUAAUGCUUAGUUGCACGCUAAUUCAUAUCAUAUUUAUUCCUAAUGUUAUAGCUAAUAUCCAAAGAUUUUUUGUGCAAAGAUAUUGCGGCAGUUUAUAGUAAGAGAACAAGAAUAGUACAUAGCAUGAUGUGCAGUCCAGUUGAAAAUGCAACCAGAAACCUCUCAGUCAAGAAUGCUCCUCAAACUAUUUUAAAGAAUGAUAAUACUAAAGCAAAAUCCCCACUGGUUAUUACUUUCGGCCUUCUCAAAUAACGUUUCAAACCAUUGAGUUGUAUGGUGUUUAAGACUCAAACUAGGGAGUUGUGAGAAACAAACAUAUGUCAGCACUAGGCAAAUUCCAUCCCGUAGCUUCAUGUCACACACUGACUACCUUCUCUCUUUUCACCCCGUCCCAGGUUCGGCAAAUAAUGCACAGUAUAGAAUGGCGUUCGUACACAUGCCUGAGCCACCGAAGCGAGUGUUUCAAAGUGGUGACACUAAUUGUUGUCACUGAGGUCAAACACACUUCUCAUAUCUCAGCAUUACUAACACGGUGUUGCCACUAGAAAUCAGCAAUCCUUAAGCGAGAGCAAUGAUCGGACAUAGAGAGUUGCGAAUAUUCUCAGCUCGGAGAUGCCAGGUUUCGCAAGUAUAAAGCAAACUACUCCCACUCGACGUGGUAUAGAUCCGAUCUUCUAAAGCCAGACUAGUAUCAUGAAGGAGCCAAAGGUGUUUCAGAUUGUCGUAGACCACUCUGGCUUUUACUAAACGCAGAGUGACCUCAUCAGUUACUUCACCAUCAGCACUCACAUAAAUAUCUAGAUUCUCAACCCUUUCAACUGCCUCGUUUGUUGCUGUUUCCAAAUAUCGAUGAAAAAGUCGAAGAGGACGAGUGAAAUUGAGCAACAGUGCAACAAUAUCGGUGACUACUGCAUUGAACAUUGGUACUGGGAAGAAACAGGUUGUGACCUCCGCAAAGCUCAAAGAGACAGUCACCCCUGUCUGACAUGGAAACAACGAUUCCCUGUUGGCUACCAAGCGGCUCUACUCUGUGUAUAGACGGUCGACCUGUGCUUCGAAUCCCCGGUUAGUACUACAAUUUCUGUCGAACGUGCUUCACUGACAUCGUUUAUUUGAUGAUGGAACUCAUCCUCGAUCGCAUCUGGGCGGCAAUCCGUGGAGACGUAGUCGAGGAUCACGAAACGACAUCGUCCCACAUGCCAAUUUCUACCCACUUUGGUGGUGUUUUGUAAUCAAACAGGACGCACGACUGACAAUGGGGACCCGCUCGACUAGUAUGACCUUUACCCUGCCGCCUGCUGCGACACCGAAAUCAGACAUUAGUCCCAUAGGGUUAGAAGAGUCUUGGAAGUAAACUAUGCAUCAGAAUUAAGACUUCCUGGAAACGAAAUAAAACCUGCUUCCGUAUGAGAACAUUGAGGUAUGCCAGAUUAAGUCGUACACUUUGCCUCGCAGACGCUGAUUCAAAUAUGAUUGAUAUUACAAUUGAGAAAUACGAGCACUCAUCAACCUGAAGUUGUUUAGAUAUGACGGGACAUUUAACACAGACGAAGUGUUAAACAAUCUGGAAAAUAAUAGUACACCCAAAGAAUAGAUACAAUGAAGUAGAAAAUUGAAAAAGUAAAUGAAAUUCUUGUGCAGUAGAAUCAAUGUAGGUAUUGUUUAACAAGGUAGCAAAGUGGAACGAAUGGAGCGGUUUCCCCAUGAUUAGGCAUCGACAUAUUUCUUUGUGGGUUGGAAUAGUACUCGAACGUCCAAACCGAAGCGUUCAAAAAAGUAAAAUUACAACUACCUCCAUUUGCAUUAUAGCAAACUGAUUCACUAUUAUCUUCGGCAUCAUGCCAGAAUGUCAAUUAACUUGUUUGAGUUUUAAAUUGUUAAGAUUCUAAAUUAAUUUCAAAUCAAUUACUCAAUAGUUAGGUCUAGCUUCAUGUUACUGCAUUACUUACAACCUUGUUAAUCUUUUAUUAAAUCGUCUUUUUUCAGAUAUACGUAUAGUAUAAAUUUCCCUGCUCCACCUCCAAGUAUUCGUAUUGCAUUGAAUUGUGAUUUAACUAAUGAAGAAUUGCGUCAUCUAUUCUAUGUUCUUUCUUCAAUAGUUCCUGCAUGAAUCGACCAGUAAAUGAUGAAAUUUACAUUCAAUAAUGUUGGCUGUGAAACAUUUUAACAAAACAUGAUAUUUGUCCCUGUAAUAUUAUGGACGUCACUAGCUUAAUAAUAUUAUAUUUUUAGAUUUUUGUAAAUGUCUCUUUAGUAAUAAACAGGUUAAAUAUAAUUAGCGUUUUUGCGUAAUCCCUUGUUUAUUUUCCCCUUAGUACUUCGUUGAAGCUUUAAAUGUAAAAUAACUGUCUAGUUUUGUCUACCUGAUGUAUGGAUACUCAUCACAUAAGCGUUGUAUGAUUUAAAAUUUUUAUCACACACUGUGAAUGGACAUGUAUAUAAUAGGCAUGUUUUCAUAUAUGAUAAACUUUCUUGAUUGUUGAAUACGAAAUAAAUAUCUACUGAAUUUGGCCUGCUAUAGAGAACAAAUAAUCAGUUGAUAAUUGGUCAGGAUAAAUAAAAGUGCGACUUUACAAACAGAUCAUUGGAAUAAGUUCUGUAAUUUACUGGACCACAAGAUUUCCUCCAUAACAGAAGUUCGAACAUCAGAUUGACGGAAUUUCAAUGAAGUUUAGCUAAAUCCAGUCCUUAUUGCAAUGAAGAACACUUAAUUAAUUCUUAAACUAGAAUCCUUCUUGAAAACCGUCUAUACAGUCAGAGAAAUCAGCUCAAGAGGAAAACACAGGGCAUAUAUAUGGUAGAGACUAUAGCUACCCACCAAUCCAGGCCUAACCCUUAUGCAUAAAAACAGUACGUCCAGCUAUUGCUGGACUAUUUUCUUAACCCUCCUAUCUAUCUUUCAUAGCCAAUCACUUGCUGCCUAAUCCUUUCCUACAACUGAUUUGUCAUCGUUACAACUUGAUCAUUCUGCCCUUAAUAUGUAAAUGAUUAAGUAUCUUCACCUCAACACUUUUCAUUAGCCGAUAAUUUCACAACUUGCUUCUAAUAUCUGAUUUUUGUAUUCAACUCAGGACACGAUACCACUUCACUAUCCUAUGACUACUCAACACUAUUCUAUUUUACU